AGGCUCAUCAUUACCGAUACCGGUAUCUGCAGGCCCCGCAUCCGGAAAUGAUAAAGAAAUUUGACAAGAAGGACGAGGAGUCCGGAAGUGGCUCUAAUCCUUUCCAGCAUUUGGAGAAGAGUGCAGUUCUUCAAGAGGCUCGGUUGUUCAAUGAAACUCCUAUAAAUCCAAGAAGAUGUCUCCAUAUUUUAACCAAGAUUUUGUACUUGUUGAACCAGGGUGAACACUUUGGAACAAUGGAAGCCACUGAAGCGUUCUUUGCUAUGACCAGACUAUUCCAGUCAAAUGAUCAAACGCUGCGACGAAUGUGCUAUCUGACUAUCAAAGAGAUGGCUAAUAUCUCGGAAGACGUCAUUAUUGUCACAAGCAGUCUGACCAAGGAUAUGACUGGGAAAGAAGAUGUUUACCGGGGGCCAGCCAUCCGCGCACUUUGCCGGAUCACUGACGCCACCAUGUUGCAGGCUAUUGAGAGGUACAUGAAGCAAGCUAUAGUGGAUAAAGUUCCUAGCGUCUCCAGUUCUGCAUUGGUGUCUUCCUUGCAUAUGAUGAAAAUAAGCUAUGAUGUUGUGAAACGAUGGAUCAAUGAAGCUCAGGAAGCUGCUUCUAGUGACAACAUCAUGGUUCAGUACCAUGCACUGGGACUCCUCUACUACUUACGGAAGAAUGACCGACUUGCCGUUGCAAAGAUGAUAAAUAAAUUUACUAAGUCUGGACUCAAAUCCCCUUUCGCAUACUGCAUGUUAAUACGAAUUGCUAGCCGUUUGCUUGAAGAGUCCGAUAACGGACACAACAGUCCCUUGUUUGAUUUUAUUGAGAGUUGCCUCCGAAACAAACAUGAAAUGGUGAUAUAUGAAGCGGCUUCAGCAAUUAUCCACCUUCCCAACUGUACAGCGAGGGAGCUGGCCCCAGCUGUAUCAGUUCUACAGUUGUUCUGCAGCUCCCCAAAACCUGCUUUAAGAUAUGCUGCUGUACGGACUCUCAACAAGGUGGCAAUGAAACACCCUUCUGCAGUCACUGCAUGUAACCUAGACUUGGAAAACCUCAUCACUGACUCCAACCGUAGUAUUGCAACCCUGGCUAUCACCACUCUGUUGAAAACCGGAAGUGAGAGCAGUGUUGAUAGACUUAUGAAACAAAUCUCCACCUUUGUGUCUGAGAUCUCUGAUGAAUUUAAAGUAGUGGUUGUACAAGCGAUCAGUGCCUUGUGUCAGAAAUACCCACGCAAACACACUGUGAUGAUGACCUUUCUGUCCAACAUGCUCAGAGAUGAUGGGGGUUUUGAAUACAAACGAGCUAUUGUGGACUGCAUCAUCAGUAUUAUAGAGCAGAACCCGGAUAGUAAAGAGUCUGGACUUGCCCAUUUAUGCGAGUUCAUUGAGGAUUGUGAACACACAGUGCUUGCCACCAAGAUACUACACUUGUUGGGCAAAGAAGGUCCACGCACACCUACCCCAUCCAAAUAUAUCCGUUUCAUCUUCAACAGAGUAGUGUUGGAGAAUGAGGCUGUCAGAGCAGCUGCUGUUAGCGCUUUGGCAAAAUUUGGCGCUCAAAAUGAAUGUCUCCUUCCCAGCGUGCUUGUUCUUCUACAAAGGUGCAUGAUGGACAGUGAUGAUGAGGUUCGGGACAGAGCAACGUUUUACUUCAAUGUUUUAAAGCAGAAACAGUUAAACCUCAAUGCAGCCUACAUUUUAAAUGGUCUGACAGCAUCCGUGCUUGGAAUGGAAAAGGCCUUGCACCAGUACACACUGGAGCCAUCAGAGAAGCCAUUUGACUUGAAGUCUGUUCCUUUAAGCACAGUACCUUUCUUGGAACAGAAAACUGAUCUUGCUCCAGUAACUAGCAAGCAGCAUGGUAAAGCAGUACCUGCUCGUCAAGACAUAUUUCAAGAACAACUGGCUGCUAUCCCAGAAUUCAAAAACUUGGGACCGCUGUUCAAGUCUUCUGACCCUGUGCAGCUCACAGAAGCAGAAACAGAAUACUUUGUGCGCUGUGUAAAGCAUACAUUCACAGAUCAUGUUGUAUUUCAGUUUGACUGUACCAAUACACUGAAUGAUCAGCUAUUAGAGAAAGUGAUGGUUCAAAUCGAGCCAUCAGAAGGGUAUGAAGUGCUCUAUUAUGUCCCGACACAGAGUCUUCCCUACAACCAGCCAGGGAUAUGUUACACCCUAGUCAGGCUUCCUGAGGAUGAGUCUACUGCAGUGUCUUGCACAUUUAACUGCACAAUGAAAUUUGUGGUCAGAGACUGUGAUCCUCACACCGGUGUCCCUGACGAUGAAGGUUACAGUGAUGAAUAUGUGCUUGAAGACCUAGAGGUGACGCUUGAAGACCACAUUCAGAAGGUUUUGAAGCCAAAUUUUAGUGCGGCCUGGGAAGAACUGGGCGAUGUAUAUGAGAAAGAGGAAACCUUUGCUCUUAGUACUACAAAGACUCUUGAUGAUGCUGUUAAAAACAUCAUUAAGUUCCUAGGAAUGCAACCAUGCGAGAGGUCUGAUAAGGUGCCAGAGAACAAGAACUCCCAUGUGCUUUAUCUCUCAGGUGUAUAUCGAGGAGGUCAUGAUGUUUUGGUAAGAUCCAGGCUUGCUUUGGCUGAUGGUGUCACCAUGCAAGUAACAGUGAGGAGCACUCAUGAGACCCCAGCUGAUGUUAUCCUAGCAUCCGUUGGGUAAACAGUCCCUGGUGAGGACAUACCUACAUGACCAGGAACAUUUCAAGAUUUCCUUCAACCCCUUUCCUAAAAUACUAUGGAGUUGUACUUCUUGCUUGUGAGUCUUAAAUAAUCAGUGGACCAAUUAACAUGUCGGCAACAACUAGAGAUGCUGCAGAGCCGCAGCUGCCAAUGUUUUCCAAGAUCCUACUGACACUUUGUCCAUUCCAUUUUAUCCAGAUGAAGCAUGAGACUUUCCUUCAUCAUUCUUAAGAGACCACCUUUAUACCUGAAGUACCUGACUGACCGUUUGACUCAUUACACAAGCUGAUCCAUUGACACAGCUGUGAUUCAUGAAAUACAUCAAAAUGUACUUGUGUUCCAAGAAAAGUGCAAUUGUUUAAGUCUCCAUUAUUGUUCACAACCAAAGUAAAGUACAAAUUCAGUUUC